UUAAUGCCAUACAUAGGAAGAUUCACAGAAACAGAGGUCUCAUUUGUUUUAUUUAUUCAAUCUUGGCCACAGGAGGGAUUUCUCUUCUCCCUCAGGUUUACAAGGAAAUAGAUAGAAAAAAAGUAAUGGAUAUUUAUUGAUGAAAUUUUGACAGACUGCCAAGCAAACUGUGGUGUUAUGUUACAUAUAUUGUGGUUUAAACUGUUUUGUUUUAUUUAACUGUUGGAUAAGUUUUAAUUAAACUGAUAAUGUCUAAUUUACAUAGAUUGGAGAGAAGCAUUAAAUUUUUGCUUUGGCAUUUAUUCUCAUUGAAUGUUUUAAGCUGGAGAAAUUAAGAAAAUAAUACAGUAGAAAGUGAAGACAUUCUUAUUGCUACAUGUGUAAUAAAAACAUUAUUAUUGAGUUUAGCUUUUGACUUGGAGUAUGAUACCAGUGUUUCUGAAGAUAGUGUGACAGUUACAGGGAUAUUUUCUCUUCUAAAUAUUUAUAUUGUUUUCCUGGUAUCAUACUAAAAUUUAACUUAUAAUAGGGCAAACGACAUAAAAAUACUGAAUUAGCUGGAAUAUUUUCACAUUAAUGAUUAAGCUGAUUAAUAAACAGAAUACUGAGGAGAUACUCUGCAACAAGUUUAAGCUAUUGAAGAAAUGACAAGUUUAGGCUAAUGAAGACAGAUUUUUUGGACAUAUUACUGCUUACCCUGGAAACUAGAUUGAUUUUAUUAUAGGAAUAUGUUUUUUCUCUCAUUUGUUGAUGGAUGAAUGGAGUUUGUUGUGAUGAAGUAUAUCGUACAGUAAUAUUAUCUGCAGGCUUGACAUACAUGUUAAAAUGGUUUUGUGAAACAUAGAUAUCAUAUUCUUUCGGAUAUGUUCCGUAAAAAAAGAAAAUUUGGGAGUUUAAAACUAAAAUUUGUGUCUCCCCUGCGGUCAUCCUCGCUAUCCAAUGAGCCCAAGUCUGCCCCACCAUUACCGAGCAGAUUGUCUCCCUUCCAGAAUGACCACUCCCACGCUAUUAUCUACCGACCAGAGAGUCCAAAUACCGUUAAGUUUAACCUUGAUGGAGAAAUGGAGAGAAUGGAGAUUGAAGAUUUGGAUGAGAAUGCCGAUGUUGUGUUUGCGAAGUUUAUGAGAGCACACAAAUGUUAUGAUAUAAUUCCAACAAGUGCCAAGCUUGUUAUAUUUGAUACACAGUUGAAUGUAAGUAUUUAUAUACAAUUAAAUGUCAUAACCUAAUUCCAGAAAAAUGUU